AUGGCAGGCUCGCCCUCCUCAGCUGAAAAUGAAGGCUCUCGCUUCACCUUUGUCCUUGACGGGCACCACGCUGGGACACGGAGCCAUGCCAUGCGUGUUCACUGGACCGAACGUCAGAAAGCCAGGCAGGAGAAAAAGCGGCAACAGACUAGGCGGAGAGCGCUCCCAAUUCUUGCAAAGGAGGGACCCGUGAGCUCAGCAUCGUAUUCUGAAUCGCAAGGCACAAAUACAUUCCCUGCCACCGUGCAAGAAAGUUCAACAACAGAACAAGUUGCCGGCGUGGACAAUGUCGAGGUCGGACAGUGUGGAAUACCAGGGGUCCCUGCUCAGCUUCUUACCGGACUCAACCAUGCCUUAGCAUCUACACGACUAGAUCCCUUUGAUUCGUUUCCAAUUAAACUCACAAGUCAACACCAUAAGCUAGUCCAUCACUGGUUGAGCACACACGCUACUAUGAUGUUUGAAAACAUACCGGCAUCCAAUUUUAAUCCCAUGAGGGACGUCUGGUUUCCCCUAGAUCUCUCCAAUCCUGCAUCGUUUAAUGCUAUCAUGGCACAUUCUGCAGCACAUUUGGCCCAUUAUUACGGGGGAAUGACCCCGACUCGGGGAACUAAUUCCUCCGAAGCCUUGAAAUUCAAGGCAGAUGCUGUUCAAAUUUUGAAUCACUGGCUCAGUGACCCCGAAAAGGCCUUGAGUAAUGAUGCAUUCGCAGCUGUUGUCCGACUCUUGACGUUUGAAAGGUACUGGGGAGUUGAAGAAGAAUGGAAAAUACACCGGAAUGGCCUCCAAGGGAUGAUUCAUGCGAGAGGAGGUCUCCAUCAAUUACAUAGCGACUGGAGACUAGAGCUGGUCGUUGGUCUUAUUUCUUUCAUGUCAAAGCCGUCAUGGUUUGAGUCUACGAAUGAUCUCUCGGAAAUUUCAGAACAUAGUAUGAGAAGGAGCAUACUAGGGAGCUCUAUUGACCUGCACAAAAUGCGCUGUCUAUGGCUGAUAUCUUUCAUCCAGGAUAUGCGCAAUCUGAUGGGCAUGUCAUCACAACUGUACAUGGACGGACUGUCCGUCUAUCCCUCGUUAUACGAUGCAGUCCUCUUUAUUCGGGAUAACUUUCAAGUUGAGAGUCAAACAUGCAAAACUCAGCAUCACGAAUCCGACUAUGACAGGCUAGCAUGUCUGUUUGCUAUUACUAUCAUGGUGCAGGAAUCGGUUUCUUUGGCCUACUCUGCCGCGAUUAAUGAAUUGGCAAUUCUGGAAAUGUCGCUCCAGACAUACCGACAUGUCUGGGAGGGCUCAAUUCAUUUGUUGCGAUCCUUUCUUCAUAAUCACUUUGUGAAUUCUUAUCCAAACGGUGAACUGAAGAUAGACUAUGUCAUGCAAAUGACGGAUGUCGUCAGUCACCUCAGCCUGGAGGCACAUCGGGGAAUUGAGAAAUGUCUCCUUAAUAUGCUCUGUCGAACGUGGGAUGGGAAGAUGCCUUUUUUUGUGGCUGACGGAGGGACUCCGGAUUCACUUCUAUCCACUGUGCAUGGAUACUGA